AUGGCAACAACUACACAAACACUCGCUAGUCAAUUAUCAAAUUUAUCAAAUAAACUCCUCAUUUAUUAUUUGGCACCGAUUUACGUUUUUGGGACAUUAGGAAAUAUAUUAAAUAUAAUUAUCUUCUUAAGACGUAAUUUACGUUCUAGUGCAUGUUCACAAUAUUUUAUAUGUAUGUCUAUAGCUCAAAUAAUUCUUUUUAAUGCUGCAGCCAUCAAUAGAACAAUAGCACUUUUAAUUGGUUAUGAUCUUAGCACAACAGUGAAUACUCUUUGUAAACUACGAAUUUAUUUCUAUCUGAGUAGUCUUGGAAUUAUGCGACAAUGUUUAUGUUUGAUUUCAAUUGAUCGAUGGAUUAUAACAACAAAAAGUGCAAGUAUACGAAAGUUUAGUUCAUUACGUAAUGUUCGAUGGCUUAUUAUUGGUAGCACUUUAUUUUGGAUUUUAUAUAGCAUUCAUACACUUAUUGGCUAUCAAUUAUCACCACCACGUGGUUGUACAAAUCUAGCGGAUCCUAGUUAUUCCUUAUUUUAUGCAAUACAAAUUAUCAUAUCAGCUAGUUUAACAUGGAUUAUUAUGAUAGUAUUCAGUAUGCUUACUUUGCGUAAUGUUCGCAGUAGUCGUCGCACUCAAAUAGUUACACAAAAUACUGGAAAUACAACUGCAGUGCCAUCUAAUACACCUCAGAGUAUCCAUCAACGUCGACGUGAGAUGCAGCUUAUUAAGUUAUCUCUUAUACAAGUGAUCUCCUAUAUUCUUCUGUGUACGAUAGCAAGUGCGUAUCCUCUUUAUAUGUUUAUCACAAGUUCAGAAAAAAAAAGUUCCAAUCAAACUGCAAUUGAAUCAUUUCUUACUACUGUUGGUUUAUUACUUUUGUAUACUUACAGUGCAAUUACUUUUCUUAUAUAUACAUUGGUAUCAAAUACAUUUCGAAAAGAAUUACUUCUCAUGUGCCAACAAGUCUUUACAUACAUGACACGUUUACUUUUUUAG